GGCCCGGAUGUUUAACCACCAAGAUCCCAGGCACGUUCCGAAUUAAUUUCUUUGCAGUUAAAAUAUAGGUUUUUAAAUUACAUUGGCUUGCGGUCAAAUAUAUAAUGACAUAAUAUAUAGUGACAUAAUGCAAAAGAGCUGGGUUGAGGAAUGCUUGGUCGUUAUUUCACUCAGUUACACUGGAUUUUUCAUGGACCAAUUUAACUGAAGAUUCUGAUGGUGUAUCGUCCCGCCACUGUAAUCUAGACAACAGACAGUCAAACGAAAACAUCUCUUUUUAAACAAAUAUAAACGAGAGGGAGACAUUUACAGGUUAUUAUUUUUCUUCAGCUGCUCAUAAUGUCUUUAGCUGGAGCGCUGUGGUUUGCUGUCCAGGAUGAUUUAUUCACAAACGGACUGUGUAGCAGCUCCCCAUCGUCCAGCAUCAGCAACACAACACAAGAGCAGCAGUCCAGCGUCAGUGAGCCCACCCCUGCCUCCGAGACACGCGGUGUCCUGGACGAACUGGAUGAUCUCUUUAUUUCUCAGACUUUACAUUUCAAUCGACAAUGUUUACGGUUUAUCAUCGAUUUCAUCCAGGCCCGUAUGAAGAAGGACGUGUUCGCGUCCGGCCACAGCCUGACCUCCGCAGAAGCCAACAUUCUGGCCACGCUUGCCUGCUACGCACAAGGGUCUCUUUCCAGUAAAAUCACCGAGCGGCUGGGAAUCGAUCCGACAGCAGCGGGCGAAGCGCUGAAGACCAUUACUAAACUAUUAGCAGACACGAGUCCCGAUUUCAUCACUUUCCCGAACAGCUACAACGACCGCAUGGGUGCCGCUCAAGCCUUUAAGAACCUGAGCGGCGUCCCGCAUGUGGUGGGAGUGCUGGGGUAUCUGCACGUGAAGGUGAUCCCUCCGCUUGGGGAGGAGCACAUGUAUAUGAACACCCUGGGCUAUCAUUCAGUCAUGAUGCAGGUCAUAUUCGAUGUAGACGGGAAUCUGUUGAGUCUGGAGCAGUGCUGUCCCGGAGGAACCCCUGAACACACGAUUUGGGACAACUCGGACAUUGGUAGACAGUUCAGCAUCUUUCAACACGGUCACACUUGGGUUGUUGGUAGCAGAAGUCUGCAUGGUUGUGGCCAUGUGUUGACACCAGUCGAGGCUUCUCGCAUCAAAAGCAAUGCAGCCCUGCGAUUUAACAAUGCACAUGCUCAGCUACAUGGCCGUACACAGCAGGUCUUUGGAAGUUUGAAAAGCCGUUUCCAGUGCCUGCGUGACAUCGGCUCCAUUCAGUCAUCUGAAUCAGUGGCAUAUACCAUCAAAGCCUGCUGUGUUCUGCACAACAUCUGCAAGAAGUUCUCCGUGCCGUUACCCUUGGAUUUUAGUGUAGAGCCACUCCAUCCACCAUCAGAGGUGGUGAACAUCAUGGCAGAGCAACCGUUUGACUACAUGGAAGACACUAAAGAUGAAAUGAUAGAAAUGUAUUUUAAUAUUGCAGGGGAUGAAGGCAAAUAAGAGGUGAACCAGAUGUAAAACUUGUGAUAGCAAAAAGCCAGAAAGGAUUAGUUUAAACCAUGUACUAAAUACUGUUAAUGAAAUUAACACAGACAAAUGCAUGCCAAUGCCAGUUGACCUCAUAGUUUUAUUCAAUUAAUCAAUAAUUGAUGAAAAUAAUUUAAUGCUAAUACACUAAUAUUUGUCAACAAGUGAUGUGAAUAAAAACAAACUGUUUAUAGAAGAAUUUAAAUAAUACAAGUCUGUUACAAGAAAUGGAUAUAUUGUGGUACCAUGGCUCAGUGAUCCUAUCAGCCGUUAAUGCCACGGUACUUUCACAUGCACAACAUUAGUGAAUAAUUGCCAUGGUUGUGUCUAAAAACAUGUAUUACAGUGGUACCAUGUUCAGAAAAGAUGUUAAUACCUUGUACUUUUUAAAAUCAUUUUCAAGUUAAUUGUUUACAAAUUGCUUAUGGUUGGAAACAUCAUGUCUGGUUAGGACAUAAUGUAAAUGUAUUCAAAAGUUACAGUUCAGUUAAAUUUUCAUUUUACCACAGUGCAAAAAAAAAAAAGCAUGACAGCAAAAACCAAAACAGGUAACACAACACACAUUAUUUACUCCAAUAUGUGAAGGCAAAGAUGAAAGUAACUUAAAUUUGACUGAAUGUGACUGGAAUUUCACUAAUUUGACCACAACUUAACCUUAAACUCUGAAACAUAGUUUAAGAAAUGCUAAAUGUUUGAAGAAUGUUUUCACAGUUCUUUCUAUAUAAUAACAGUUUGCAGAAACCAUAUCUGUGAAGCAAAACAUUUCCCCUUCUUGGCAUCUAAUUCUCUAUUUCACAUACAGAUAUGACAUUAUUUAAAUCAGGGUACCCAGUCCUGAUGUAAAUAAUUACACAAAAAUCAUCUUUAGCUAAACUAUUCCUUUAAAGCAUGUUAUACGGCAGGCAGCUGAGAAUAAGUAACAAUGGUAAGAUAAUAAUGGAAAGAUAAUUUGGUAUUAACCUAAAACAAAUCUAAUUCAACUGACAUUAAACAUACCAUCUCUUAUUUCAAUUUGAACAAAAAUGUCACAUUUAAAAGCAAUGUGCAAAAUAAGCAGCACUAAGUACAGCUUAAAGGAGAGUUUCCUUUCAGAGACCACAGGUUAAAACAUUGACAUUAAAAACAAGCCUAUACACAGCUAUUUAGUUUAAUAAAGAGUGGCAGUUAAGUUUAAAUGGUAAACUUUUAGUUCCUUAUAGCUUGGGCUCAACAGAUCAUGGCCAGUAUCUUUCAGCAUUGUUAGCAGAAGAGUGCUUUCAUAUAAAAUAAAAAAUAA